GCGCCCGCGAACAUUCGCUUUCUAUAUUUGAAUCAAACAGCGCGUUGCGUUUUACAAAAAGGAUGGUGAGUUGGAGAUGCUUGGUAGCGCUGUGCGCGCUAGUUGCCCUGGCCAGCGGGGCAGCGGACACUGCCUCACGAUUCCAACCAAAAAAACGAUCUAGGAACGCCGAGCUGCAGCCCGGCCAGCAGGCAGAAGUUGACGCGAUGGUGAACAAUCUGCUGCACUGGAUACAAGGCUUUUAUCAGCAAAGAAAUAGGAAAGCUCGUCAAUACUUCGGAGGAAAACCAGAAAGACCGAGGCCGUUCGAACCGGCUUCCUACCUCCCACCGGCCGGGUAUCCUCCAGCAGGGUCACGGCCAACGCCUGCCUACGAUGAGGGUCCUUCAGCGAGCCCAGGCUACCAACCCAGUUCCCCAUCCCCCAGCCAGACAUCUUUUCAACCUAGUCAAUCAGACCAAGUACCUUAUCAGCCCAGUCAAGCACCUUACUUGCCGAGCAAACCUUUCCAACCAAGUCUUCAACCUAGUCAGCCGACUCAAUCAUCAUACCAACCAAGUCAGCCUUCGGAAACGCCAUUUACAACGAGCCAAGCUGGUCAACCUUUCUCACCGUCGUACCAACCCAGCCAACCUUUACCACCAUAUCUAGGUAGCCCAUCGACAGAUCCUUCCUUUCAAGUAAAUCAACCAACUCAGACUUCUUAUCAGCCAAGUCAACCAUCCUACCAACCCAGCGAACCUACAUUCCAACCGAGUCAGCCUACUUACCAACCGAGUCAACCAGCUUAUCAACCGAGCCAACCAUCUUACCAACCAAGUCAGCAGCCAUCCUAUCAGCCAUCUCAGCCUAGUUUACCCAACUCUUCACCAUACCAACCUAGUCAACCGAGCUUCCCAGAAGAAACUACUUUGCCCCCUUACAACACUCCUCAGCAACCAGAAGAAGCUCAAACAGAUUCAACUAAACCUGAUAUCGCCAACAAUGAGCAAACAACUGCGCCUUCUGCGCCAGAUGACGAUGACCGCCAUCCGCCUCAUAUCCACGCCAUCACCGUAGACUGCGGCAAAGAGAUGAUGACCAUCAACAUUGAAUUCAACAAAGUGUACAACGGUAUUAUUUACUCCCAGGAUCAUUACAACGACCCAGAAUGUGUAUACGUACGAGAGAAUUCCAAUCAAAUUAAAUACUCAUUUACAGUCAGCUUGAAUACGUGCGGAACAAGAUUCUUUAGCGAUUUCGAAAACGAGGGACAGGCUUACUUGGAAAAUGUACUAGUAUUACAAAACGAAGUAGGAAUACAAGAGGUAUGGGAUCAAAUUCGAAGGGUAAGAUGUUUAUGGCAAGGUAAUUUGACGAAGCAGUUGGUAUCAUCUCUGAGUGUGGGAAUGUUAAACCAGGUUAUAAGUAACUUCAGUGGCGAUACUGCUAUGGCUCGAUUGGAUAUUCAAACUGGCAAAGGGCCCUUCGCACCUGAAGCCAAUGGACUAAUUAAGAUCGGAGAGACAAUGACGCUAGUUGUUUCUGUAACUGGAGAUGCAGGUUUCGAUAUUCUUGUAAGAGAGUGUGUCGCCCGGGAUUCUGGUAGCCGUCAUGUCGUACCUCUGACAGAUAGUAAUGGUUGUAUUCUCAAACCUAAACUCUUUGGAGCCUUCCAAAAGACGAGAGACACAGGAAAUACCGGGGCUUCAAUAAUUGCAUACGCAUACUUUAAUGCCUUCAAAUUCCCAGACGAAAUGGACUUGAUAAUCCAAUGCGAAGUUGAAUUGUGCAAGACAGAUUGUGAAGCUUGCCCCAACCCAGGCAGCUUAGAGCCGAAGAGAAGACGACGAGACGUCAUUCAUAUUGGGAAUAGAACUGUGGAACCUUUCACUACAAUAGGUAAAGGAUUAAGAGUAGUUUUUGCUGAAGAUUUACCUCAAGAAAAUCCUGGAUUUUGCAUCUCCCCCGUGGCGGCGAUGUGGGGCAGUCUCCUCGUACUAGGUGGUUCGUUAAUGAGCAGCCUAGCAGUGACACUUUGCUGGCAAAGAUCUCGUGGAUCUAUGAAGUUUUCAUAGAAGAUUUGAUACUAGUUUCUUCAGUAUUUCUUUUAUCUCGAGUACCCAAAUACUUUAAAGAAUACGAGAAGAUGAUAGUUAGAAAUAAGAAUGCAACGAAAGGUAUGAAAAAAUAGCAAUUGAAAUAUUCCUGAUUGUUCGUAAUUCAGAAGAGGAAAAAAUAUUCAAAUAAUAUUUACUAAUUUAUCACUGCCAAGAGAUUACGAUUAGCUUAAAUAAAGUGUGUUUUCAAACUAACUUAAGAUAGUACAAGACAUUAUGUACAAUAAGAAGAUGGUCUUUAUUUAUAUUUUGUAAUGUACAUAUUAGAUAAGAUA